AUGAGCACACCUGCGGCAUUCCUGUCGUCCCCUGCGUCCCUUCGCAGUCGCUGUGAGGAGAUUCUGUGCGACCUCGUGGAAACACAGCAGGGGCUUGGGAGGGAAUGGAAAAACGUCCAGCCAUGCGUCCUACGCGCGUCGCAGCUGCUCUUGCAGCAGGCGCAGCAACAAGACGAGCGUUUGGAAAAGCUGGAGGAUAAAAUGAAUCAGGUUCUGAGCGCCCUGGAGGUCAUUGCGAACGACUGCCGGCUGAAGGAACAACGCUACCAUAUGGACCGUGGGACCACGGAGACGGCGCUGCAGGAGCUCCAGCACUCUAGCCAGCAGCUUCACGAUGCUCUGGAGAUGGAGCGCCGCGCAAACCAACAGUUUCACGAGGGGGUUCUGUACCCCGGUUUGGCGGAUCUACAGCAACAGAUUGAUCGCAUUUCGUCGGGUGUCCACCCAUCUGUGCCCCCGUCGCAGCCACCACCACCACCACCACCACCUUUGCCGGCCGCAGUCGUUGAAGGUAAAAUUGAUAUUGACCCCAAGAGCGGCGUUGAGGACUCCGCAUUGAAGGAGAUGGUUCGGGAAGUGAGACUUCUGCGCAAUCAGUGGCAGCAGUUCCUGCAACAGUCGCGGUCCGCCAUGCCAGUCUCGCGGCAGCUCGUCGAGAAGGGACCUCGCAUGGAUGUUACUACUCGGGCAAAAAGCGGAGGAGCUCUGCUCUCUAUGAUGUAUCCGGGUGUGGACUGCAGUGUGGCGCGGUGGCAUUGGCGCGGGGGUCACGUGUCAUCGCCGAUGCUCUCCCCAGAUAGCCCUAUCCCGUGGAGCACGUUGCAUGUGCGCAAGACAACAACAGGGGAAUGGCUGUCAGUUGGCGCAACCCCCGACGGCACGACUGUUCAUUCCGAACUCAGCAAGGGGGCAGGGCUCCCAUUUCUGUGGCGCCCGCAGCGUCCCUCUGUCAUUGAGCUCAUAAAAGGCGGCAUCUAUCGCGUGACGGUCUGUCUGCUAAGCAGUUGCAGUUGUCUUAGUAGUGCGAAGAGUCCCGGAGGAGGACGGCACGUUGUCACCUCCGCCCUGCCGUCUGUAUCGCUUAGGGUCAAUCAAAAGACCGUUUUCAGCUUUUUCUCCGGUGGGUCCACCCGGUACACGGUGCAGCGGGCAGCGGACACCAGUCGCCGAACUGCUUCUGCUCGCCCUACCAGUAAUAACCGAACUGCCACGUCUUGCCAGGCGUGUGCAUUUCCUCGUCGCUUGUGUGAGUGCGGUGAAUCAGUCAUAUGCACAACAUCGAACUUCGUGGAUUUUCUUCGCCUGCCAGCGGGGCUGUGUGUCUCUGUUCACUGCCACGACUCACCUGACACGAACGCGACGCAUGAGGCACUUUUGGAGGUGGAGCUGGUAGCCGGUUAA